AAACACACGCGUGCGCGCACGUGCACACGUGCACGCACGCACAUUUAUUGACACACAUGCUAAAAUCCAAAUAACAUAUGAGUGUUAAUUAAAACAUUUAACUUAAUUAUCUUUCUUAAUUUUUUACCAUUAAAAAUUUAGAUAAUUCGUUGAAAGUGAUUUACUUGUCUUCCAGAAUGCAGACUACACGUAGCUUUUCAUGGCUGUGCAAUGGGACAAAGUAAGAUUGGGGAGGCGUAUGUACGUCACGGAGGUUACAACGAGGUUGGAGAGCUAAAUGACAUCAUCAUACUUUAUCCUCAAGCAAAAGCCUCUACCGUACCAUUCAAUGUUGCCGGUUGCUGGGACUGGUGGGGAUACACUGGAGCAUUAUUCGCAACAAACAGUGGAUUUCAACCAACAGCCAUCAAACGUAUGAUCGACAGAGUUGCUGGCUUGUGAAACACACGAUAUAUACAUGUAUAAUUCUAGAAGUGUUGAUGUGAAAUAAAAAAUAAAACACUUUUGAGUAAAGUGAUUAUUUAUAGACUGGACUUUUGUGUAUCUUUUUAAAAGAUGGACAAUGCUGUAAGUACAUGCCCAAGUGGUAGAGUGGGUAUAAAUCUAAUAUUGUAUAAGGGAUAUAUAUUAUUAUCAUCGCCUACUAGUAUUUUAAAUAUAGGCCAAUGCGCUAGUUAAAUAUUAUAUUUGACAGUCAGGCUAUAUAGUCCUGAUUUUCCCGGUAAGCAACUAGUUUAACUGAUUUUUAAUUUCAUUUUCUCAAGAUAAUAGAAGAACAUCACGAUUAUAAAAUAACGCUUCUUCCAUUGAAGCUCAACGAAAGGCGCGCUUAAAAAGAUAACAAACACAAAGUAUAUAAUACAUGUAAUCUUUUGCGCUGAUUUUUUUUAUAUACUUUAAAGGCACACUAAUCCUCUGAACUAAAUACAUAUGUUUUUCUCUAAAAAAGGGCAUACUUUAUAUAACUCAUAAAUAUAGCAAAAUGUAAACUUAGUGGUAUUUUGACUUACAGUCAAAAUGCUAAAUCACUCAUGUUAUAUGCCAUAGAAGCAAAAGGCGACUACUACUUGGACAAUUAGCUCUAUUUAGGAAACUGAAUCAAAACAUCAAGAGUGAAAGGC